CAUAGAGAAGUGUAAAAAUAAAAAAAGUGAGAAUCUGUUAAAAGCAGCUUCUGGCAGCAUCCAGAUGCAAGGAGAGCCUGGAAGCACAGCAAAAGCUAAAAAGUCGCUUGUUGUGAACAGCCAAGUGAUAGACAAUGGAAUGCUGCAGGCCAUACAGAAGAAGAUUGAGCUGGAAAUCGAGCUGUGGAUCUUUAGAAGGCUCUUCAGCUCGCGGAGAAGAGGGUACAAAGUGCACUACAACAAAAUAUACACUUACAAAAUCCCCAAUGAAAGCAUCACGCGGGAAAUAAAACAGAAGUUCUACCAAAACGAGCUUAAAAGGGACAUUCAUUUCUUUUCCACCGAAGUUGCCCCGGUGGUAGAGGAGAACUUACUAUGGUACUUCAUUGCCAGCAGGACUACAACUAUAAACCUGAAGUACAGAGACCUUCUGGGGCUCAAGGCGCUACUUAGCGAUAAAGAGGCAAAUGAGCACAGGGAAAUGGUAGAAAAGUUUAAGGGAUACUAUCCCGGGGUGAUUGAUGAGAUGAUAGCGUAUGUGGACAAGCACAAGCCCAUGAGAACUUUCCAAAAUGGGUGUUUGCACCUAUGGAGUGAGAAGCUGGGAGACAUUUACACGCGAGAGCAUCUCAAGCCGAAGCACUACAACCCCAAGGAAGACGCCUGGGCCGACCAAGUAGAGAGGAAGUACCAUCCUCUGGCGUGUGCAGUGCGGAUGAUUCUGGUGCUGCCUGAAGUGUACAUGGACUUUUGCAAAAUCGAUGCAGAGUUCAUAAAAAAUACUCUGAUUUCAGAGAACACGGCUAAAGACAAAAAGCUCUGCGAAGUUCUGCUGAAAAUACAAGAUCUGGUGUAUAUGCACGCACGGGAGAAGAUGGAUGGCAGCCUGUACAGAGGGCUCUACAGCGCUCUUGAGAGCAUGUUUGGCAAAGAAAGGAUGGAGAAACUAACAACAGUUGAGCUGUACAAGGGCAUGCACGCAGUUAUUGCUAAUUUCUACAAGAAGAGCGAUUCAUUUGAUAAAAGAAACAAACACAUUCUGCAGGGAAAGUUCAUAAUAAAAAACCAAACACACGUGAAGUGCGAGGCAGUAUUGGACACAUCACAGAAAGAUGCAGGCAAGCAUGCAUUGGCCUCAAAGUACUCACUGGAGGAGAACAGAUGGGGCAUUUCACCUGAUGUUCAUGCGCACUAUCACAUUUACUAUGUGGACAAUACAACACACCAGCCCAGGAUGCUCUGCAUGCCUAUGCACGUAGACGCUGAUGGACACAAGUAUUAUUUGCACACAAUUAGGGACAUAAUAGAGUAUAUAAAAGAGCUGUAUGAGAUAGCUGGCAGUUCAGAUUCUGUGCAUCCUUUCAAGGUACACAAAAAGAAUAAGAAGUGGUCGUACGUCAAAAAGAAAGAAGAGAGAAAUAAAAGAGUGGAAGAGUUGGGAGAGUACGAAGUGGUGUUCUACCGCAUUGAGGAAGAUCCAAAAAAGACAAAGUUUACAUUUGCAGAGUUUGUCCCCUUUUAUUCUCACGCUGAAGGGAAUAUUGCCAUGCCGCUCUUCCUCACUCCUCUGAUGCAGUCUGCAGUAGAUUUAGGGCCUUUCAUCAAGGAAAAAGAGCACACUCUGAUCGACUCAUUGGAGUUUGAAGACAGGGCGCCUGAUGUGUACACAUAUGACAGUAGGUACAAAAACAUAGAGUAUUCCGAUGUAUACAGCUAUUACAGCAAUUUAUACAUGCUGCCACAUGAGGAGAAAAGAAAAGGCAUGGAGUGCUAUGCAAUGAGCUGUGCGACUGAGAAGAUAGACAA